CGCCGCUCGCAGGCCUCGUGAACGCCUGUGACGUUUCACCUGCGCUGCUUUGAUGGGGCUGAUCCCGCACACAACUAGAGAAGUAACCAUAGCAACAGGAGAAACACACGAUCACACAAAAACCCCUGACCCGCUGCUUGUCCUGAAGUGGGCGGGGUCAUGACGCUCCUGCGGUCAUUCUUUCUCCAUGUAAAAGAAAAGCUUCAGUCAGAACUUAAGGUUAAUGCAAACACUGGUGUUCAGGUUACGGAGGGCAGUGCCCUGUCACGUGACUGCUGUGGCACUUUGGAAAAAAAACAUGUUUUUUUUUUAACCAUUACCUCAUCCCAAACACGGAACAAAGACAUCAUUCAUGACAUCAUAAGAGUAAACACCUAUGAUGUCAUAUGACUCAUACUCAUGAUGUCAUAUGACUCAUACUCAUGAUGUCAUAUGACUCAAACUCGUGAUGUCAUAUGACUCUUAUGAUGUCAUGAAUGAUGAUAUAACAGAUCAUGUAUGUCAUUUGACAUCAUUGCAGAGUCUUUAAAUAGACCUCAGGAAUGGAAGAAUAGUCCAUCUGACAGAAGCAGAGCAGAACUUUAGUGCAAGGGAACAUUAAAGCCCAGACUUCUCAAAGUGACUACAAAUCAGUGGAAAGAUUUGAUAAAACUGAAGAGAGAACAUAAAUUUCAGAUGGAUUCAGCAGACAGGUGUGAAGAAGAAAUGCAGACAGUAUCUCCAAAUACCACACGCCUCAAAGAGGAAAUCUCUCCUCCAUCCACAGCACAGAGACUAAAAGAGAUCAUCCUGGAAAAUAAACAGCUGAAACUUGAGACGAAGGUGUUGAGACAAGAAAACUGUCUUUUGAAAGAAGAACUGCAGAGCUUUCAUAAGGAGGAGGUCCAGGAAGACCUGGAAAUCAAGGACAGAACGGCCUGUGAGCUGCAGACUUUACAGCAGCAGACUGCAGCUCUCAAAAGGGAUUUUAAGGAACUGAAGACGGCGACUAGGAAAAUGGACGAAAUGAGAGAAAAUUAUCCCGUAAUGAUGGCAGAAAUCUAUCGUUUAGAAGAACUCAAGCGUGAAUUACAAACGGAGAUCUCAAUCCUGCAAAACCAAUCAGGAAACGUUAAAAGCAUGACGCCUCUGUACGAAGACCAAACGUCCCGGCUGAAUUUACUGAGGACAGAAGCAGAGAGCCUCCAGCAAACGAAGAAAGCUUUAACCGAUUCGCUUCAGCAUCUCAAAGGUCUGGAUUCUGAAUGUGACCACAUCCAUGCAGAAACAAAGCAAACUGAGGACAGAAAUGCAGACCUGUCCCUGGAAAUUACACAUCUGCGGGAGGAAAUCCACGGCUUUGGCGACCUCCAGGAGAAAUUCUGUGCUGUGAAGCACCUAAAAGCACAGGAAGACGCCGUCUUUUUGCAAGAGAAAACCAAAGAACUAUUGUCUGAGCUCCACCAUUUACAGCAGCAAAAUGCAGGUAUUGAGCAGCAGAUUGAAAAACUGGACAAAAACAUGGAAAAAAAUGAGAAAAUUAAGGAGAAUUAUGGCAAACUGUUAAAAAAGAAGCUCCACCAUGAGAAUUUAAAGGAAACUCUUGAAGGUCAGAUCUCAGACUUGAGAGUUCAGGAAGAUGAUGCAAAACAGCUUCUCAUUCAGUGUGACCAAGAGAAGGCAGAGGUAGAUUUACUGGAAGAAGAAACGGGGAGACUCCAAAAGAAAAAGGCGGCUUUGAUUGACUCCCUUCAAAGUCUAAAACAUCUGGAAAGUGACUUCAACAAUGUCAAAGCAGAUAUUGAGAAAUCAAAGAAAACCAAAGCAGACCUCUCCCUGGAAGUUACACAACUGCUGGAGGAGAUCCACGGCUUUGGUGACCUCCAGGAGAAACUCUGUGCUGUGAGGGAGGAACACCUAAAAGCACAGGAAGACGCCGUCUUUUUCCAAGAGAAAACCAAAGAACUAAGAUCUGAGCUCCACCGCUUAAACCAGCAAAAUGAAGUUAUUGAGAAGGAGAUUGGAAAACUGGAAAAAACAAAGGAAACAAAUAGGAAACUGAAGGAAAGGUAUAACAACCUGUGCCAAGAGAAGCUCCACUAUGAGAAGCUAAAACAGAUCUUUCAAGGUCAGAUCUCAGAUUUGAAAGUUCAGAAAGAAAAGACAGUCCAGCUUCUCAUUCAGUAUGACCAGGAGAAAAUAGAGGCAGCUUUACUGCAAGAGGAAACAAAGAGACUCCAGGAAAGAAAGGCGACUUUGAUGGAUUCUUUUAAAAAUCAUAGGAAUCUGAAAAGUGACUUCAACAACAUCAAAGCUGAAAAUGAGAAAUCAAAGAAAAGCAUAGCAGAUCUCUCCCUGGAAGUUGUACAACUGCAGGAGGAAAUCCACGGCUUUGACAAUGUGCAGGAGGAACCUUCUACUGCAAAGAACAGACCAAUCAUUCUGCCUUCAAUGUCCAAUUCUGCUUCUUUCCAAGAGGAAAAUGAGGCCCUCAACUGUGAAUACAAGGACAAUUCAGAUGAUGAAGUAGAGCCUGAACCAAUAGAAGAAAAGGCAUCCACUGAAGAUCCAAGGUCUUUGGAAAACUCCUGUCAUUCAUCCUUCCAAAAUGAUUAUGAGAGUGAUAGCUUUGAUGAAUACACUUCAGACCAAGAAGAAAAUUCAGAACCCAAGGACAGAAUUGAAGAUCCCGAAUCUUUGGCAAAGUCCUCUCAUUUCUCCUUUUAUGUGGAUUAUGAUGACAGUAGCUUUGAUGGAGACAUUUCAGACAUAGAAGAUUUGGAACCCGAUAGAAGAGCAUUGUCCCCUGAAAAGAUGGAGGCUAAUGAAAGUUCAGCUCGUUCUUCCUUUGAGAAGAUAGAGGAGAACAGUAGCUUUGAUGAAGGCACUUCUGCCCAAGAAGAAAACGUGAACAACAUCAAAGCAGAAAAUGAGAAAUCAAAGAAAAGCAUAGCAGAUCUCUCCCUGGAAGUUACACAACUGCAGGAGGAAAUCCACGGCUUUGACAAUGUGCAGGAGGAACCUUCUAUUGCAAAGAACAGGCCAAUCAUUCUGCCUUCAAUGUCCAGAAAAGUCAACCAACAGAUGCCAAGUUGGCUGAAACCAUCUGAAAAUCUUCAAGAUGCUCACAGAGAUGACCUGAACCAAGAAGAAAAUUCAGAACCUGAGGACAGAAUUGAAGAUCCCGAAUCUUUGGCAAACUCCUCUCAUUUCUCCUUUUAUGUGGAUUAUGAUGACAGUAGCUUUGAUGGAGACAUUUUAGACAUAGAAGAUUUGGAACCCGAUAGAACAGCAUUGUCCCCUGAAAAGAUGAAGGCUAAUGAAAGUUCAGCUCGUUCUUCCUUUGAGAAGAUAGAGGAGAACAGUAGCUUUGAUGAAGGCACUUCUGCCCAAGAAGAAAACGUGAACAACGUCAAAGCAGAAAAUGAAAAAUCAAAGAAAAGCAUAGCAGAUCUCUCCCUGGAAGUUACACAACUGCAGGAGGAAAUCCACGGCUUUGACAAUGUGCAGGAGGAACCUUCUAUUGCAAAGAACAGGCCAAUCAUUCUGCCUUCAAUGUCCAGAAAAGUCAACCAACAGAUGCCAAGUUGGCUGAAACCAUCUGAAAAUCUUCAAGAUGCUCACAGAGAUGACCUGAACCAAGAAGAAAAUUCAGAACCUGAGGACAGAAUUGAAGAUCCCAAAUCUUUGGCAAACUCCUCUCAUUUCUCCUUUUAUGUGGAUUAUGAUGACAGUAGCUUUGAUGGAGACAUUUUAGACAUAGAAGAUUUGGAACCCGAUAAACGAGCAUUGUCCCCUGAAAAGAUGAAGGCUAAUGAAAGUUCAGCUUGUUCUUCCUUUGAGAAGAUAGAGGAGAACGUAGGUUUUGAUGACUUUCAAGAGACCUUAGACAAUGAAGAGGAGACUGAACCAAGGAAAGGAUCCGUGGAAGAUACCAAGAUGGUUCCAAAUGCUUUUUGUUCUUUGUCUGAGAGGCACGAGGUUCUCGGUUUAAAAGAAGACUUGGUCACUUCAGAUGAUAAAGACGAGUCUGAACCUAAAAAGGAAGAUGUGGCCAUCACAGAUGACAGCAUUUUUAAAGUCCAGGGACUUUGGGCUCCAAAGAGAGGAUCUUCCCUUCUUCCUCCAAUAUCCAACACGGCCACCAAAAAAGCCAAACCAAAGAAAGAAAAAGGAUCAAAAAAAAAGAACAAGACUUCUUAGAAGCUUUUCAUUUAGGGUUGGGUUGGUAGUAGUUUUAGGGUUGGAUUGAUAGUAGGUUUA